AUGGGUCAAACUUCAACAGAAGGUAGUCUUGAUGAGACAACAUUAGAGCGGCUUAUCGAGAUGAUUGAUGAGAAUAACUAUAAGGGGAAAGGGAAAGAAUACGAUCUUCCGGGUACGAGUGAGGUGGCAGGUCUUAUCGUAGGGGAUAUGUCAUCAACAAUCGGAGAACGAGAUAUAGUGGUCCAAUUCCAAACUGACACUUUGCAGCAGCUACAUGAUGAUCACCCUUUAUACAAGAGCCUCCAAUACCCUCUUUUGUUUCCAUAUGGUGAGUAUGGUUUCCAUCCCGAGAUCACACUACAUCUUGAGACAGGAACUUCCAGAACAAGGCAAUUCCUAACCAUACGCGAAUUCUACGCAACUCAAAUUCAGACACGUCUUAACCAAGGAAUGACUUUAAUAAAGAGUGGUCGUCUACUCCAUCAAUAUAUAGUUGACAUUUAUACGGCAAUCGAGGAGGAUCGGUUAAGGUGGGCGAGGAACAACCAGGAUGUCCUGAGGGCAGAACUCUACAAUAAUGUCCUUGAUGCUGUACCCAGAGACGAUACCGAUGCCAAAAUUAUUGGUCAAAGGUUUAUACUUCCACCAAGUUUCACUGGUGGCCCUCGGUACUUAGUUGAGAAAUACCAUGACGCAAUGGCUAUUUGCAGAGAAUAUGGUAAUCCAGAUUUAAUACCAAGCGCGGAUGAAGUAGAUGCGAUCAUAUCAGCCGAGCUCCCAGACACAGAAAAGGAUCCAGAGGCUUAUGCUUUAGUCACAAAACACAUGAUCCAUGGUCCAUGUGGUGUCAUGAAUCCGAAGUCACCAUGUAUGGAUAAAAAUGUGUGCACGAAAAAGUUUCCUCGGCCGUUUAAUGACAACACUUCGGUUGACAAGUCGGGAUAUAUAUUGUAUCAUCGGCGCCGGAACGAAAAUGCGACUGUGGUAAAGAAUGGAUCAACCUUGGACAACACUUUUGUCGUACCUCAUAACAUCGACCUCCUGAAGAAGUACGAGGCUCAUAUUAAUGUUGAAUGGUGUAAUCGUACAAGUGCGGUCAAGUACUUAUUCAAAUACAUUACCAAGGGUGUUGACAGAGCAACAACUGUCAUUGAGAAAGGAAAUACGGCCAGUACAUCUGACGCAACAGCCUCUGGCGGAUCGAAAGAGAGGGUCAUCAAACACCGAAAUGAGAUCCAAGAAUACAUAGAUGCUCGAUAUCUAUCAGCUUGUGAGUCUAUGUGGCGGAUGUCUGCAUUCUACAUACACAAGAGAAAACCAUCAGUUGAGAAGCUUAUCAUUCACUUAGAAGGCGAACAUAAUAUAUCAGUUAAAGAAACUGAUAACCUCGGCCGUGUAAUCCGCAAGCCAGGAUAUUUCGUAUGGAAUAAUAAUACUAAAGUCUGGUCUGAGCGUAAGAGAGGCAGAGCCAUAGGAAGAAUUGUAGCUGUUCAUCCAUCAGCAGGUGAUCGUUACUAUCUAAGGAUCCUCAUAAAUAAGAUAAAGGGUCCUAGAAGCUACGACGAGCUCAAAACAUACAACGAUGUGAAAUAUCCUGACUUCAAAUCAGUUUGCUACGCACACGGAUAUUUGGACAACGAUGUCGAGUGGCUCGAGAGUAUGUCAGAGGGUGCUUUAUGGGCUACCCCAUACCAGCUCCGCGAAAUGUUUGUCACGUUUCUUAAUAGUUGUUUCGUUUCGAGCCCUAAAAACCUAUGGGAAAACUCGUGGAGAUCGAUGAGUGAGGACAUACUCUACAAGAGGCAGAGAAUCUUAAAUCAUGCAAAUCUGGAGCUGGAUGAUGAUACUCUUGAGCAAUACACGUUAAUUGAGGUGGAAAAGUUGAUGCGCCUGCAUGAGCGCUCACUAGGUGAUAUUAAAGAGAUGCCAAAGAUCAAACCUGUUUUGCUAAGAGAACUGGGAAACAGUUUGUGGAACCAAGAACUAGAUUACGAUGUUUCUGAGGAAACUCUAAGACAUGACAUGCAAUUCAACAAACUUAAUCCUGAUCAACGUGCGAUUUACGAAGCGGUCUUAGACUCUGUUGAUAAAAAGGAUGGAAAGCUAUUCUUUGUAUAUGGCGCAGGAGGCACAGGGAAAACAUUCCUAUACCAAACCAUUAUAUCAAGGAUUCGUUCAAGGAAACAUAUAGUUUUGCCAGUUGCCUCUUCAGGAAUAGCCGCACUAUUGUUACCUAAUGGUAGAUUACUUAACAGUAGAACCGCACAUUCACGCUUCAAUAUCCCUUUAAAGCUCAGUGAAGAUAAGCUCUGCAACAUCAAACCUGGAACAAUGCUGGCUGAGCUAAUCGAGAAAACAUAUCUUAUAAUUUGGGACGAAGCACCUAUGACGCAUAAGCAUGCUUUUGAGGCACUGGACAAGACGUUGAGAGACAUAAUGUCAAAAAAAGCCCUUCUACAAAGGAACUUUCGGCGGUAA